GUGUUCUGGUGAUUGGUGGCACGCGGAGAGGUUUUGGUGCACUAUUACGGCAGAUGGCGGUAGUGCAACUUUAAGGAUGCAAGCCGCCGUAAAACACCAAAGAAGAAGAAGCUGGUGAAGUAGCGGGUGGGGGACGUAAAAAAAACAGACAGUAUUGUCAUAGCCACGAUGUUGCGGAAGUGCUAGUAUACAGCUGUAAAACCUCCGAUUCAGUGAAGACUGAACGACACCAGACGUGGGAAUUACAGUUACUCAAAUAAGACAUUCAAGAGUAGAACACGUCACGGUUCUCACUGUGUAAAAUCACAUUUGGUCGCUUUGGUGACGACGCUGUCUUAUCCUUGAUUACUUCACCCUAUGACGUAACAUAUAGCGCGGGAAAACGAAACAACAGCCAGCUAUGGACCCGUCCGAGGUGGAGUUUCUUGCCGAAAAGGAGACGGUGAAGAUAAUUCCAAACUUCAGUUUGGACAAGAUCUAUCUGAUCGGGGGCGACCUGGGUCCCUUCAACCCCGGGCUGCCGGUGGACGUGCCCCUGUGGCUGGCUCUCAACCUGAAACAGCGGCAGAAAUGCAGAAUUAUUCCUCCGGAGUGGAUGGAUGUCGAGAAACUAGAGGAGAUGCGUGAGCUGGAGAGGAAGGAGGAGGCCUUCACGCCCGUCCCCAGUCCUUUUUACAUGGAGCUGACCAAGCUGCUGCUUAACCACGCAUCUGACAACAUUCCUAAAGCAGACGAGAUCAGAACACUGGUCAAAGACGUCUGGGACACACGCAUUGCCAAGCUGCGCCUCUCUGCAGACAGCUUCAUCAGUCAACAGGAGGCUCAUGCCAAGCUGGACAACCUGACUCUAAUGGAGAUCAACACCAUACGGGAGUUUCUUCUUGACUCUCUCAACUGCAUGUACAAACUACGUUCCAAUCUUCAGCCUGGUUCCAGUAAAGGACAAUACGUGGACUUCUGAUCCACAAGAGCAAGGCCAGAUGAACAGGUUGGACUAACAAAAGAUGUUUUCAAAGACCACCAAGAGAGAACAACGUUUUUUUACUGAGCGAAAAGGCUGAGUAUAGGGUCUAUAUGUCGUAGCAGUGAGGUCAACAUUAAUUUGUACAUAUUUAAGGCUGUUUAAGCUUUAGCUGUAUAUUAUCUGAAAUACAUCAAUAUUUAAUUUCAUUCAUGUUGUACAUCAUUCAAAGUAGUUUAAAGCACCAAUUUGUGUUUCAAUAUGUAACAAAAUAGAUGUACUUGUAUCUCUAGGGUAUACAGACAUACUGUUUUCUUUUUUUCAAUACAAAAUAUUCAAGAAUACACAAUAGAGUAAUAAAGCCAUGAUACUGAAUGUGUUGAUCCACAACUUGAUGAGAUUAAAUUUAAUGGUAUAAA